GACAUCAUGGUGCUGGUAGCCUGCAGUUUCCCUGGACCGCUUUCCUGCAGCUCCCCCACCUUUCCUCCUGCAGCUUCAGUUCCAGCAACUCAGAGCUUGGCGGCCCCGGCUCUGGGCAGAACCCUGUUCUCAGGGGCGGCUCCUAAAGGACAGUCAUAGGAAUAAUAACAGUGACUAGGUGUGCUAUUAGCUAAGCGCUGUGACAGAUGUUUUAGUGCCUCCUUUAAUUAUUACAACUAUCCAAGGAGCUGGGUGUUAUGAAACCCACUUUUUAUAGACAAAAGAGGCUAAGGCACCAAAAGGAUAAGAACUUGCUGGAGCCAGGAUUUGAACCCACACAGCAUGAGUACAGUCAGCGUUCUUGUUGGCCAUGCCGUCCUGGAUCUUUUUCAUUUGUCCCAGCUCUGCACAGAGCUUUCACUCCGUGAAAUCCUCUCAGAAGAAUCCAAAGAGAUCCAGGCGUUUGUCUUUUAAGAAACAGCUUUAUUGACAUAUGUUUUGUAUAUCAUAUCGUCCACCCAUUUCAAGUGAACAAUUCAGUGAUUUUUAGUAAAUUUACCAAAUGGUGCAACUAUGACUCUAAAUCAAUUUUAGAACAUUUUCAUCACCCCCGUAAGAUUGGUCCAAGCAUGCUUUACUCGAUUUUUCUCCCCUUCCUCUUGCCUGCUUCACAUCCAUAUAUUUAUUAUGUACAUAUACCAUCCCAGUACAUCCAUCAAAAACAAACAAACCUGAAGAGUUUAGGUAAGUAAAGUGAACAGAAAACAAAGUGGUGUGUCCCAGACCUGAAAGAAGCAUUUGUCACAGCAGCUGGCCUGGGACAGGGCCACAAGCAGGUUUCUCUUGGAAGGUGGGAAGGCUCCAGGAGCUGGGGUGAUGUCCUUGCAUGGUGGCUGCCAUCCCUGUAGGAGCCGUUGUAGCCGGGUCCACAGUGAGGCUUGACCUGGAGGCCCGGGAGCGGCAGGCCCAGGCCCACGGCAGCGACGAGGAGGAGGAGGAGGAGAGCCGGAGCACCGGGACACUAGAGCAAGAGAUCAGACGCCUGCGAGAAGAGGGUUCCCGGCAGCUGGAGGAGCAGCAGAGGGUGAUCCAGGAGCAGAUACGCCAGGAACGGGAACAGAGGUUGAGAGGAAUGGCAGAAAAUCCUGAAAGCAAAGGAACCCCCAAGCUAAAGGUGAGCCCUGCGGAUCUACGGGCCACCUCACACCAUCUCCUCUCAGCAGAACAGAUGCUUCCAUGGGCACAGCUCAAGUGGAAGAGCAAGGAGGCCAAGUCACAAGGCGGCUAUUCCAGAGAUGUCCUCCUGCGGCUUUUUCAAAAGUAUGGAGAGGUGCUCAACCUGGUACUGUCCAGUAAGAAGGCAGGCACCGCCGUGGUGGAGUUUGCAACCAUCAAGGCUGCGGAGCUGGCUGUCCAGAAUGAAGUGGGCCUAGUCGAUAACCCUCUGAAGAUUUCCUGGUUGGAGGGACGGCCCCAGAGCACAAUGGGCCCUAACCACCCAGGACUGUCCCAGGGUUCCGUGCGGUCUGAGAGGGACUAUGAGAGCCUCGUCAUGAUGCGCAUGCGCCAGGCAGCUGAGAGGCAGCAGCUGAUCGCCCAGAUGCAGCAGGAGGACCAGGCUGGGCAGCCCACGUAGCCUCCUGCCUCCAGCCCUCCCAUCCCACAGCCCUUUUCUUAAACGUCACCAAUAAACUUUUUUUUUUUUUUUUU